UUUAAUUGCAGGCAGUACAAUGUGGAUUAUAAAUUGGAGACCUAUCUGAAAAUUGCCAGACUGUAUCUGGAGGAUGAUGAUCCUGUUCAGGCAGAGGCUUAUAUCAACCGAGCUUCCCUGCUCCAGAACGAAUCAACCAAUGAACAGUUGCAGAUCCAUUACAAGGUGUGCUAUGCUCGUGUUCUUGAUUAUAGAAGAAAAUUCAUUGAAGCUGCCCAAAGAUACAAUGAGCUCUCAUAUAAGACAAUAGUCCAUGAAAGUGAGAGACUAGAGGCCUUAAAACAUGCUUUGCAUUGUACCAUCUUAGCAUCAGCAGGACAACAGCGCUCUCGAAUGCUAGCCACUCUUUUUAAAGAUGAAAGGUGUCAGCAGCUUGCAGCCUAUGGAAUCCUAGAGAAAAUGUAUCUAGAUAGGAUUAUCAGAGGAAAUCAACUUCAAGAAUUUGCUGCUAUGUUGAUGCCUCACCAAAAAGCAACUACAGCUGAUGGUUCCAGCAUCUUGGACAGAGCUGUCAUUGAGCACAAUUUGUUGUCUGCAAGCAAGUUAUAUAAUAAUAUCACAUUUGAAGAGCUUGGAGCUCUAUUAGAGAUCCCUGCAGCUAAGGCAGAAAAGAUUGCAUCUCAAAUGAUUACAGAAGGCCGAAUGAAUGGAUUUAUUGAUCAAAUUGAUGGAAUAGUUCAUUUUGAAACUCGUGAGGCUUUGCCAACAUGGGACAAACAGAUUCAAUCACUUUGUUUCCAAGUGAAUAACCUUUUGGAGAAGAUAAGUCAGACAGCACCAGAGUGGACGGCACAGGCCAUGGAAGCUCAGAUGGCUCAGUGACUCAACACUAAUUUGAUGGUUUCUAUAGUGUCUCCUUUAUUAUACAGAUUAAUUUCACUACAACUCCAAAGAAUCUGUGCUAUGACCCUUCACAUUUCAGUGUCCUCUUACAGCAGAAUCUAUUUAAAGAAGCAUUAUUUAAGAGGAGAUGGUAUGAAUGAACACUUUAAAAUUUCUAAAUCCUUAGUACCCCUGUUUGAUGGGUGUCUAUGAGACUAAUUCAGUUGUUUUGAAAGUGUUUGUUUAAAUUGAUGGAGUGAAAUCUCUGUGACUAAAAAGAUUUGUUACAGUUCUUUACCUUGUGGUAUGUUGUGUAUGUGCUUUCUUCCUCUCAGAUGUUCCAAUAAAGAGGGGAAUGAGCCAAAUAAAAA